UUACUGGGCUGUUGUAUCAAAAAGUGCUAUCAAGGGAUUUCGUCGCGGAAGAGGACAGCGUUCUUCUCCUUUCACCCCAUUACCACUAGGAGACUUGUUCGAUCUACACAGUCUCUUCUUCUUUGGCUGCAUCUCCCAUCAAUACCCCACUUCAAAAUGGCGGGCAAUCUUGGGGCUGUUGCCCAGCUCCUUGAGGCGAGCUUAGAUCCUAGACAAAACAAACAGGCGGAAAUCACUCUUCGACAGGAAGAAAAGAAGCCGGGCUUUUCCCUGGCCCUACUUCAAAUCACCGCAUCUGCGUCCUACCCCUACAACACCCGCCUCGCUAGUGCAUUGGCUUUCAAGAACUUCAUCAAGCGGAACUGGACCGAUGAGGAUGGGAAUUACAAACUUCCAUUGGAUGAGGUUACGACCAUCAAGCAGGAGCUGAUCAGCCUGAUGAUCUCCGUGCCUGCGGGCAUCCAAACACAGCUGGGAGAAGCUGUCAGUGUCAUUGCUGACAGUGACUUUUGGGAGAGAUGGGACACCUUGGUCGCUGAUCUUGUUUCCAGACUUCAGCCGACAAACCCGGCAGCCAACAUCGGCGUAUUACAAGUGGCGCACUCCAUCUUCAAGAGAUGGAGGCCUCUUUUCCGAUCCGAUGAGCUGUAUCUGGAAAUCAACCAUGUUCUGGAGAAGUUUGGAGAUCCGUUCUUAACGCUUAUGCAGGGACUGGACGUCUAUCUCGAAGAGCACAAGUCAAACAAGGAAAACCUUGUCCAGGGCUUUACGCAGCUCAAUUUGAUGAUCAAGUUGCUCUAUGAUCUGUCCUGCCACGAUCUGCCGCCGAUGUUCGAGGAGAAUAUCUCCGGAAUAGCCACCUUUUUGCUCAAGUACCUUACCUACGACAACCAAUUGCUACACACCGAUGACGAGACCGAGGCCGGUCAACUGGAAUUUGCGCGAGCUGGGAUUUUUCAGGUUUUGACGCUCUAUGUGCAGAAGUAUAUGGACGAGUUUAAGCCGCACAUUGGGCAGUUCGUCGAGAGCUCCUGGAGUUUCUUGACCACGAUCGGCCAAGAGACCAAGUACGACAUCUUGGUCAGCAAAGCUUUGCAAUUUCUGACAUCAGUGGCGGGCAUGCCCGAACACUCUGGCGUCUUCCAAUCCGAAGAGACUCUCCACCAGAUUGUGGAGAAGGUGAUUUUGCCUAAUGUCAGCCUCCGUGAAUCAGACGAGGAGCUGUUCGAAGACGAACCGAUCGAGUUCAUUCGACGCGAUCUCGAAGGAUCGGAUAGCGAGACCAGACGACGAGCCGCCACGGAUUUCCUGCGGACCCUGGCCGAGAAAUUCGAGGGCACGGUUACAUCAGUUGUCCUCAAAUACGUCCAGCAUUAUCUUGCCGAAUAUGCGAAAGACCCAGCAUCCAACUGGAAAGCCAAAGACACAGCCACUUACCUCUAUUCGGCCAUCGCAGCGAAGGGCGUUGCUACCGCCGCCCACGGUGUGACUAACACUAACCCUCUGGUCAACAUCACGGAAUAUUUGCAGACCAACCUUGCUGCAGAUCUGGUCUCCGAGGACGGUGUGAACCCUAUCCUCAAGGUGGAUGCUAUCAAAUAUCUCUAUAUUUUCCGAAGCAUCAUCACCAAGGAGCAAUGGCAGGAAGUGCUUCCUUUGGUCGUGCGGCACCUUGGUUCCUCGAACUAUGUUGUCUACAGCUACGCUGCUAUCGCCGUCGAGAGAGCGCUGUAUCUCAGCGACAACCAAGGGCAGCCGGUGAUCGCGCCCGGCAUCAUUACUCCGCUUGCGAAGGAUCUCCUCCAGCAUAUCUUCGCCUUGAUCGAACAAAAUCCUGCACCCGAGAAAGUGCAAGAGAACGAGUUCUUGAUGAGGUGUGCCAUGCGGGUCUUGAUCGUCAUUAAGGACGGCGUCGUUCCCCAUACGGACCUCGUUCUGCAGCAUUUGAUCAACAUCACCCAAGUGAUCAGCACCAACCCCAGCAACCCAAGGUUCUACUACUUCCACUUUGAGGCUGUGGGAGCCUUUAUCAGAUUCGCUGCUCCCGCAAACCCCGAGAAGCUUGAACAAGCUUUCUAUACCCCGUUCGCUGGUGUCCUCCAGGGCGAUGUUCAAGAGUUCAUGCCUUACAUCUUCCAGCUUUUCGCUGCUCUGCUCGAGGCUAACCCCUCGGGGACCCUGCCUGACUAUUAUCAGAACCUGGUUGCCCCGAUCCUGAUGCCUGUGAUGUGGGAAUCCAAGGGCAAUAUCCCCGCGCUCGUGCGACUCCUGUCGUCGAUCGUCCACCGUGGAUCCCAGUUUAUCGUUGAGAACCAGCAAAUCGUCCUCAUUCUGGGCAUUUUCCAAAAGCUGCUUUCCACCAAGGCCAAUGAAGGAUACGGCUUUGACCUCUUGGAGUCUGUCGUGGCGAACUUCCCACCGGCUGUUCUGGAACCUUAUUUCAAGGACAUUAUGCAAGUGAUCCUGACUCGCCUGCAAAAUUCCAAGACGGAAAACCUCAGCAUCCGAUUUGUUCGGUUCUUCCAUUUCCUGUCGGCACACGAUCAGAAAGGAUACAGCGCCGACUUCGUCAUCAAGGUUGUCGACCAAGUGCAGGAGGGCUUGUUCACUCCCAUUUACCUGAACAUCAUCCUCCCCGAGUCCCAGAAGCUCGCCCGGCCCCUGGACCGUAAGACGGCCGUGCUGUCCUUCACCAAGACGCUGGCGAACUCGGAAGCUUUCGCCACCCGGUACAAGAAGGGAUGGGCAUUCACCUGCGAAGCGCUCCUGAAGAUUCUCGAGCUUCCCCCGCUCCCAGCCAGCAAGGACGAUCUCAUCGCUGAGCACGACGUCGAGGACAUGGCCUUUGGCGUCGGUUUCACCCCCUUGAACACCGUGCGCGCGCAGCCCCGCGACCCCUGGCCGGAGACGGGCGCGGACCUCAAGGCCUGGGUUGGAAACUACCUGAAGGAGGCCGACAAGAAGUCGAACGGACGGGUUGCGGGCUUCGCCCAGGAGCGCCUCAGCGAUGAGGCCAAGGCAGUGCUCAGCAGCUAUAUGUCGUAAGCGGGAUAGUCACCGGGAUAGUUUGUGUCGGAAAGGCGGUCUUUUGCAUUUGGUCGGCAUACUAAAAGGACCGGGGAUAAGUA